GCUUAUAUGUAUCUUCUUCGUUGUUGGCUGAGCGUAUCCCACACGGAUUUUGGCUUCUUUACCAAGAAAUCCAACGCAGCCUGAUUCAGUCAACCCCCUUUUUUCCAUUACUCGUUUCCGCUCUGCCGCGUCGUUUAAAUAUAUGGAUCGGCGGAGAAAUGGGCGUCUGCGUUUCGUGAUUGCUUAGAAUCCGAAGAUCGAGGAUAUACAGAGACGACGAUUGAUUCGAGGAGUGAAUAAUGGUACUGCCACUUUUGAAGCUCGGAACGCUUGCGUUGAAGACUCUGAGUAAACCCAUUGCCGGUCGGCUCAAGAAGGAAGCCGGGCGACACCCUACGUUCCGCAAUUUAAUCGUCAGCUUUGCUCAGGCAAACCACCGAAUCACAACUACAAUGCAAAGACGUAUAUAUGGUCAUGCAACUGAUGUUGAAAUACGACCUUUGAAUGAGGAGAAAGCUGUCCAAAAUGCUGUAGACCUUCUUGGGGAACUCUUUAUUUUCUCGGUUGGUGUAGCUGCUCUUAUCUUUGAAGUGCAGCGAAGUUCUCGAUCAGAAGCUAAGAAGGAGGAACUCCGUCGGAAAGAAAUGGAGGCAGUGAGGCUACGAGAGGAUGAGCUAGCGAGGGAGAUAGAAGCGCUUAAACACCAAAUCCAAGAGCUUGAACAGCUAGCAAGGGGGCGAGGGCUUGCUGGUAUGUUCAAGUACAGAAAUCCCCAGACUGAACAAGAAAAGUCAGCAACGCCUGCAUGAUCUGUGCACAAAGUGUCACAAUUUCUUUACCAUUCUUUGGUCCUACUUUCCCAUUUACAAUGAAAACGAAAUCUAAACUCUGCUCUUGGUGAUCGGGGAAAAAUAAAUUCAAACUUGGGAUGGGAUGGGAUGUAGCCAUUCUUGCCACCUCACGACAUACAAUUAUAAAACGGGAGAAGUAGAAUACCCUCACAUUUUUUGUUUUGUCAAUUUGUGAUAUACGGUAUACCCAGAAAUUUUAUAAUAUUUGACCUGUGUUUCGUUGAGCUCACGCUUCUUCUUUUCCCAAUUCUUGACAUCACCAAGCACAUUUUAUUUGAGAUAUGCAUUCAUAUUAUCUGAUGCACAUUUAGCACAA